AUGAAAGUUCUCAUUCCCAUCCUCACUGCCUCGCUGGCAAGCGCCCACACUAUUUUCUCCUCCCUCGAAGUCGGCGGCACAAACCAGGGCGUAGGCAACGGCGUCCGCGUGCCCUCGUACAACGGCCCGAUCGAGGAUGUGACCUCCAACUCGAUAGCCUGCAACGGGCCCCCAAACCCAACGACCCCGACCUCUAAGGUCAUUACCGUCCAGGCCGGCUCCACAGUCACCGCAGUCUGGCGCUACACGCUCAGCACGACUGGCUCGGGCCCAGCCGACGUCAUGGACAUCUCGCACAAGGGCCCGACGCUCGCCUACCUCAAGAAGGUGUCGGACGCGACGACCGACACUGGCGUCGGCGGCGGCUGGUUCAAGAUUCAACAGGACGGCCUUAGCAACGGAAUCUGGGGAACCGAGAAGGUCAUUAACGGCCAGGGCAAGCACCAGAUCAAGAUCCCCGAGUGCAUUGCUCCCGGCCAGUACCUCCUCCGCGCCGAGAUGAUCGCCCUGCAUGGCGCUGGCAACUACCCUGGAGCUCAGUUCUACACAGAGUGUGCCCAGGUCAACGUCGUUGGCGGCACGGGGGCCAAGACGCCUUCUAACACCGUCAGCUUCCCUGGUGCUUACAAGGGAACUGACCCCGGUGUCAAAAUCAACAUUGUAUGUGACCCCAACACCUCACUAUUGGAAACUGCUGACAUGAAUUCAUAG